AUGAAAUUCACCAUUGUCGCUAUCAUCGCCGCAGCCCUGGCUGCGGCCUCCCCUACCGCGAACUACCAGCGUCGCAAGACCUGUCCUGCCAAUGGGACGCUGCCCCCCAACUAUGUAAAGCCAUCAAUGAUCGUAAACGUGUCAAAAAAACUGCCCAACGUUCCCUUCGGCAAAACCCAGAAGCCACUUAUUACGCCUGGCGACUUCUGCGCUAUUUUCAACUUGGAGCUGCCACCAUCCGCCACGGACAAAAUCUGUCAGCUUGUUUUCAAGUUUCCUGACAACAAACAAACGUCAAAUCCUUUCUACUACCAAACCGGCAAAAACGGAGGACACUUUAGCUUCACAGGCUACGCUAUCGGCGCGGGUGCCACCGCCAAGACAACGUAUAAACAACAGCCCGCGGCGGGUCCGAAUCCUCCCAGCCCGCCGGCCGUCUUGGCACCCGGAAAUGCAUAUAUCAUCAACUCUGCGCCUUGCGGCUUGCCUGCCGGCUUGACCAAGCCUGUCACAGUCAGCGGCAUGCUGUGCAGUUCGGACACUACGUUCAACUUUCUGAACAGCGAUGCAACUUGCCCUAUUGGAUUUUUCGUUGAGCUACUGGAUAUGAAUUAA